AUGUACAUACUCAAUUAUGUUGAUCGCAACGCGCUUCCACAAGCCAAGGUCCAGGGAAUAUCCGAAGACAUUGGUCUAGCUGGUAUGGAAUACAACGUCGUGCUAAGUCUUACGUUUAUCGGAUACAUCCUGAUGCAAGUCCCGAGCAACAUGAUAUUGGGCCUGACUAGACCUAGUCUUUAUCUCCCAACCGUCAUGGUAGCAUGGGGGGUCGUCAGUGGGUGCUCAGGGGCUGUUCAGAAUUUUGCAGGAAUCGCAGCAUGCCGCUUCUUUCUAGGAAUCGCCGAGGCACCCUUUUUCGCCGGCGUUGCUUUCUUGUUCUCGGGCUGGUACACCCGGUCAGAACUUGGAUUUCGACUGGGGCUCUUCUUCUGCGCUGCCAUGAUCAGCGGUGCUUUCGGGGGUCUCUUUGCGGCCGGUAUCGCGGCGGCCUUCGAGAACAACAAAAUGCCUAGCUGGCGGUGGCUUUUUAUCAUUGAGGGAGCUGCCACUGUCGUCUGUGCGAUGGCCACCACGUUCAUUAUCCCGGACUGGCCAGCGACUACGAAAUGGCUCACUGAAGAAGAGAAAGCUUUGGGUGUUGUCCGACUCAUCGAAGACGCUGGCGAUGAAGAGUCAGAGAUACGGACUUUUGACGCAUUGAAAAUGGCGGUCAAAGACCAUCGUGUCUGGCUUUGCGUACUCAAUCAGAUGUGCCUUCAGGCGGUAGCCUCUCUAACCAACUUUUUGCCCACGUUAGUAAAAGACUUUGGAUACAGCAACAUCAAUACUCUUUUGCUGACUGCACCUCCGUACGUGUUUACGGCCCUUUUCAGCCUGUUCAACACUUGGCACAGCGACAAAACGAGCAGACGCUCCCCAUAUAUUGUGUAUCCGACGAUCGUUGCUAUUUCCGGAAUCAUAAUAACGCUUGCGACAACGAAUACAGGCGCUCGAUACUUCGCAUUGUUCCUCAUGCUUCCAGGGACCUAUGGGGGCUUCCAAAUAUCCAACGCUUGGGUGGCGAACAUCGCCGCACGGCCUCAGAAGAAGCGAGCAAUCAGUCUUGCCAUGAGCAAUUCGAUUGGCAACCUGGCCCUGGUCUGGACUCCAUACUUGUAUCCGGAUCGCGAUGGCCCGAGGUACACCACUGCUUGGAGUGUCAAUCUGGGCUUGAGCGGCGUCACGUUGGCUUCGGUACUAGCUCUGUCCUUCAUUCUGAAAAGAGACAACAAGAUGGUUGACGAGCUUGAGCUACUGGGAUCCAGCCUUGAAAGCGCCGACGGCCACCAGAAGCAGCAAAUGGCCGACUCCACCUCCACCCCCAACAACCCGGGUUCGCCCCCCCGCCCCAAGAAGAAGACCAAGGGUCCGGCGGUGGAGGGCGGCCCCCGCGCCGCGCACAAGUGGUGUGCGCGCUGCGUGCGCGCCUUGGAGGCCGACCCGGAGCUUGUUUGCUCCAACCAGAGCGGAACCGGCCGCCGCUGCUGGCGCUGCCACAAGGCCGGCAAGGGCGAGUGCGACAAGAUCCCCUUCGCCGCCGCCACCGCCCUCGAGGCCGCCCUCGAGACCAAGAGCGCCGCCGCCAUCGCCGCCGCCAUCCGGGCUCUGCCCAAGGGCAAGGGCAAGGCCGUCGCCGCCGCCGCACCCGCGCCGCUCGCCGCCGGCGCCGCCGACUUCGACGAGCUGCUGUCGCUCGGCCGGCGCGCCGUCGACGCCCUCGAGGGCAUCGACCAGUCCCUGGCCGCCCUGUGCCGCUCGUUCGCGGCGCGCGAACGUCGCGAGACCGACGCCGCCGAGGCCGCCAAGAAGAAGGCCGUCGAGGCGGACGAGGAGGAGGAUGAGGAGGACGAGUAA